AUGUCUCUUCCUUGUAUUGGUAAACCAGCACCGGAUUUUAAAGAAAAAGCAGUACUUAAUAAUAAAGUAAUUGAUAUAUCAUUAAGUGAUUAUCGUACACAUUAUGUUGUUUUACUUUUUUUUCCAAUGAACUUUACUUUUGUUUGUCCAACAGAAUUAAUUGCGUUCAGUGAUCGUUCAAAUGAAUUUCAGAAAAUCAAUGCCAAUGUUAUUGCUUGUUCAACUGACAGUCAUCAUAGUCAUUUAAAAUGGUUGAAUAUGAGACAUAAUGAAGGUGGUAUUCGUGGCCUUCGUAUUCCAUUGAUUGCUGAUAAAUCCAUGGGAAUUGCUAAAAAAUAUGGCAUUCUUGAUGAAGAACUCGGAAUUGCUCAUCGAGCAAUGUUUAUUAUCGAUAAUAAUGGUAUUCUUCGUCAAAUUACUAUUAAUGAUUAUCCAGUAGGUCGAAGUGUGUCUGAAACUUGUCGAUUGAUUCAAGCUUUUCAAUAUGCAGAUAAAUUAAAUGAUAAUUCAUCAGAAUUACGUUAUGCUCAAGGUGAGUAA